AUGAAGUGGCUAAGUGUGUGCAGGUGUGUUAAGUUUAGGGCGCGAGACCGAUGGCUCAAGGGAAAUGUUUUUAAAAGUAUAAGUGGCAAUGGAAUGCGAGCAGCUACAGGUUCUUACAGCAAUCUGUUCCGAGUGUUUGGUGUUUCCCCGGGAAGUAAUGAGACUGCAACCUUAGAAGCAAGCAGAAACCCAACGAGGAGACAUGUUCCAAUUCCCCCUCGAGGCCAUCCAGAUCCUUAUGCAAUAUAA